AUGAAAGCCGAGAAGUUGACACGUGUGCUUGAUAUGGUUGAUAAAAGACCAUCCAAAGUGACAUUUUUGACAACUUCGGGUAGAAUUGUUGAAGCUGUGAAGUUGGUUAACAAAAUGGCGAAGAUGGACUACAAACCUGAUAUAAUUACCUACGGAACGAUAAUGAAUGGUUUUUGUACAAUAGGCAAGACCAAUGAAGCUAUUGGGUUGUUUAGAAAGAUGGAAGAAAGAAAUCUUGAACUUAAUGUAGUGUUGUAUAAUACAAUCAUUGAUAGUUUGUGUAAUGACAGAUUGGUAACUGAGGCUUUGAAUUUUUUCACUAAACUGACAAGCAAAGGAAUUCGGCCAAACAUUUUCACUUACAAUUCUUUAAUUCAGGGCCUAUGCAAUUUCGGUCGGUGGAAAGAGACAACUAAAUUAUGGAAUGAGAUGGUGGAAAGGAAAAUCAUGCUUGAUGUGCGUACAUUCAACAUAUUGGUUGACGCGUUUGGUAAAGAGGGGAUGUUGAAAGAAGCAAAUAAAGUUUUUGAUGUAAUGAUUCAGAGAGGCGUAGAGCCUGAUACAAUUACGUACAAUUCUUUGAUUGAUUCUUACUGUUUGCAAAAUAGAAUGGAUGAAGCUGUCAAAAGUUAUUGUAGAAUAUUUGUUCAUUUGGAGUUUGGGGUUCUUGAUGGUUGUGUGCUUAUUGGCCCACCAAGUUAA